AUGGCAAACGACGAACCAGAAAGAAAUACUCGACGUUCAUCUCGAUCGCGUUCUCGAGAUCGUAAAUCUCGUCGUCAUCGUGAUCGUUCACGUGAAAAAGAUAGUAAACGUCGACGAUCACGUUCACCACAUGAUAAUUAUCGUAAUAAACAUAGUCGUUCACGUUCACCAAAAGAUCGUUCAAAAAAAGAAAAUAAAGCUGAAAAAAAACCUGUAAAAAAAUAUAAAUAUUGGGAUGUACCACCAGUUGGUUUUGAACAUAUUACUCCUGUUCAAUAUAAAGCAAUGCAAGCAUCUGGUCAAAUUUCUCAAAUUUUUACUGGAAAAGACUGGAGUGCUAAUACAGCUGCAGCUACACCAGUACUUGGUAGUCAUGUUGUACAUCAAUCACGUCGAUUAUAUGUUGGAAAUAUUCCAUUUGGUGUUUCAGAAAAUGCAAUGAUGGAAUUUUUCAAUCAACAAAUGCAUUUAACUGGUUUAUCUCAAACAGAAGGAAAUCCAGUUAUUGCUGUUCAAAUAAAUCUUGAUAAAAAUUUUGCUUUUCUUGAAUUUCGUUCAAUUGAUGAAACAACAGCUGCAAUGGCAUUUGAUGGUAUUGUUUUUCAAGGACAAUCACUUAAAAUUCGUCGACCAAGAGAUUAUCAACCAAUGCCAGGUGGAGGAGAUUUACCUAAUUCAAAUGUACCUGGACUUGUUUCUACUGUUGUGGCUGAUUCACCAUUUAAAGUCUUUAUUGGUGGUUUACCAAAUUAUUUAAAUGACGAUCAGGUCAAAGAAUUAUUAAUGAGUUUUGGUCCAUUAAAAGCAUUUAAUUUAGUUAAAGAUGCCGCAACAGGUCUAUCUAAAGGAUAUGCUUUUUGUGAAUAUGUUGACGCUAGUGUAACUGAAGCAGCUAUUCAAGGUCUUAAUGGUAUGCAAUUAGGAGAUAAAAAAUUAAUCGUACAAUUAGCAAGUGUUGGAGCGAAAAAUAUGCCUGGAAUGCCCGGUGCUAUCGGUGUUCAAUUACCAGGUGUUAAUUUAUUAGCACCAAGUGUAACCACAGAAGUUUUAUGUUUAUUAAAUAUGGUUACAGAAGAUGAAUUACGUGAUGAUGAAGAAUAUGAAGAUAUUAUGGAAGAUGUACGAGAAGAAUGUGGUAAAUAUGGAUUUGUUAAAAGUCUUGAAAUUCCUCGACCAAUUCAAGGUGUUGAUGUACCUGGUGUUGGAAAGAUUUUUGUUGAAUUUACUUCAAUAAGUGAAUGUCAGAAAGCUCAACAAGCUUUGACAGGACGAAAAUUUGCAAAUCGUGUUGUUGUCACAUCAUAUUAUGAACCGGAUCGAUAUCAUCGACGUGAAUUCUAA